AUGCUUGAGCAAUUCGUGCCGAACAAUUCUGAAGUCGUCGAUGGCAAUCAGAUGAUUGAGCAGCCGGCCGUCGAAUUGAUGCUCCUCCAUCAUCUCAUUAUCAUUUUGCUGACAUUAGUUGGAAAUUCGUUGCUUGUUUACGUCAUACUGAAGAAUAACAAGGUUUUGCGGCGAAAACGCGUCUCGCCGGUUCAAAUGUUGAUGUUGCACAUGUGCGCCGCGGAUAUCCUGUUCGCGUUGAUCACAAUGGUGCCGACGAUGGCCAUGACGGCGACCGUUCCCAAUUUCUAUGGUCCCAAUUGGUUGUGCAAAUUCACGCGCUUUCUGCAAGUCAUUCCCAUGUACGCCUCGUCGUUCCUUCUGGUCGCCAUCAGCGCAGAUCGCUACCAGGCGAUUUGUCGACCGUUGGCUUCGAUGAAAUCAUCGGCCUACGACAGACCCGCGUUGUAUUCGACAAUCGCGUGGACAGCUUCCCUCUUCUUCGCGACUCCCCAAAUCUAUUUAUUCGAGAAAAACAACGGCGAUUGUAUUGGCGGCUACACCGAGCCAUAUCAGUAUACCUUAUAUGUGUGUCUUUUCAACAGUGUCGUUUGGCUGUUGCCGUCGGCAAUUGCCGGAUAUCUGUACUAUUGCGUGUGCAAGGCGGUGUGGAAAAGCACAAGCUUCAGCAGCUCUCUUCAGAAUUCGAAGAGACCGAAAACUGAGAACACGGAUAUGACAUUGAGUGUGUCGAAUAGUGGAAUGCAAGCACAUCACAAAGGAGCGACAAUGCAAUGCGUCGAGCUUGAUCGUCGAAGAGUUCAGACCGUCAAACUAUCUCUCACAAUUGUCGCUGCCAAUUUCCUUUUAUGGGCCCCAUUUUGCAUCACUUCGGUUAUUGAUGCCCUAUCGCCAUCCUCGAUAAAUAGCACAUUUGCCACUUACAUCAUGUUUUUUGGAAAUCUGAAUUCUUGCAUGAACCCGUGGUUAUGGUUUUAUUUCAAUCGUCCGCAACUUCGACGGGCAUUCCCAUGCGGAAAAUCAUCGGAACCUCUCAUUCAGUCGCGACGGUUGAACGACGCCGAUGGUGCCCAAACUGAAUUCACCCAUGACGGCGGAUUAUACUCGGAAUCGAAUCGAUCCUAUUAA